UUAUAAAAUAAAUGCCUAUUUGUUAACUUAAUUUUCACUAUUUAUUGCGACAUUUCGAGAAUUACAGACUUAUUUGAAAAAACACGAUUCAAGUUAACGCAAUACAUGCUUUCUUUUCUUAUAGAUUAUAUAAUUAUACAUAACAAAAUAAAAAAAACAAUAAGCACAGUGAAAAUGCUUGCUUUCUUCAUCUGGAAUGCGAAUCAAGCGAGUAUGGGAUAUUGUCGGCAGAGACAUGGAUAUAAAUAUGUCAGCAUAAAUAUCAUUAAAAUAAUAAAAGAUUUUCACUAAGUGUUACAAAAAUGUCAGAAUACUCACCAUUCCUUAUUGUCAUUAUAUCGCUUGGUUUACAAAUCUGAUAGACGAAGGUUUGUAUCCUUUUCGUUGCGUUUAAUGUUCAGUACCGCAGAGAUGGAUAAGCAAAUGGUAAUAAUUAGACAGACAGUUCUGAUCCCGUGAAAAUACAACAGAUACGGCACUGUAUUUGUAAGAAUGAUAUAACAAAAUUACAUACUGUUUCAGACAUAUUUAAAAUGCGUAGCAUUAAUAGAGUUACCUGAAACGUACCUUAACCAUGAUACCAGCACUGACGUAACAGUACCUCGUCAGUGGUAUAGUAGACGGACAGCUUCUUGCAAAGCUAUCGACGAAUCGUCGUGCUCGGUAGUCUCAGCUUCUCUCCCGCGCAGAAACAUGUAUCUUGUGCAUUCUUCUAACGAGAAAAAGUCGAAUACAGUAAUGGUGCUAAAAUCAAAUCGACAUUUUGAGAUUUUGCUGAAAAACAAAAUAAGAUAAUUUUAUUUUAUUAAAUUUUGCAUUUGACACAUUUUAUUGCAAUUAAUAGAAAAGCAAAGGUGUGCAUUAAUUUAAUGUGAUAUGUUUUAAUUAUUGCAAACUAAAAACUUACAUGAGAAAUUAUAUGAACACUAAAUUUGAUUAUCUAAUUAUUCAUAACUAUAUUCUUAUGUGAAAUAAUGAGUGGAAAAAAGUUUGCAUUUGUGUGUUCCGUGCUUCUCUUCGUUAUUUCGGUAUCGAAAUCGCAGCAAAGUUUUACCAACAGAGAUGAUAAUUUGACGAUGCAAUACGAGAUAAUAACAUUCCGACAUGAUUUGCAUAUAAAUUUGAUGAUCAAUACACAAAAUGACAAAAUGCAGCAUGAAUUUCAUAUGAAUAAUAAACGCGAGGAUAAUGAUUUGAUUCAACAUAAACGUUACAAGCAUUCUAUGCAGAAUAAAGAUGAUGAGCAAAAAUCGAUGAAAUCUAACACAAAUUCGACAUAUGUCAAUCAUAAAAGAAAUUUCACGGCUCAGGAAGUUUAUGAAAAUGUAAUUGAAAAGAAUGAUUCCAUGUCACUUGAAGUUCUCAAAAAUUUUAGCAAAGAUGCUAACAGAACUAACAUCGUCCCUAACGAAAUGUGUUAUAAUGAUACUUGCAUUCGGCUCUGCUGUUCUCUUGGCGAUCGUCUGUUUGAUGAAUGCAUUCCUGAUGAAAUUGAAUACAUUUUUCCAAAAGUAUACACGAACGAUUCGACGCAGAGCGAAAAGAGAAUAAACGAAUUGUUUGAUCUGGCCAUUUAUGAUUCGUGCCAGGAUAAUCACUUCUCGGGAAUUCUGCUUCUCGAAGGUUUUCAGUACGAUUAUAAGAUUUUUACCAACGGUUCUAUAUAUUUACCUUAUUAUGAAAUAUUUGUUGAAUCGUCAUCAUAUUGUCUCGCCGUCGUCAAUUGGGGUUGAAUUCCAAGUGAUCUUCUGUUCCAAAACUUAUCACAAGAUCAUGGAGAUAAUUGAUAAUACGAGUAAGCCUUUGAAUUCUGACAAAGAAAUUAUGCACAUAAAUGCCGAUAUAGUAUCUAUAUUACUUUUGGGGUCAAUUAUUUUGGUGUAUUCCAUAUUGCCAGAACUCCGAAAUAAACACGGCUUUAUGUUGCGCAAUUAUAGCGGUGCCGUGUUUGGUGCAUACGGAAUUGACCUGGUGUAUUUUUUUAUCAAAUCGGAUAUACAGUAUCCCGUCUGCGUUACAAUAGCCUUUUUAAAAUACUUUUGCAAUAUGGCGAGUUUCUUUUGGUUAAAUAUAAUGAGCUUUGAUAUGUGGUGCACAUUCAGAGGAUUCAGUUCGUUACGAAGAAACGUCAGACAACAAGAAAAAAGAAAGUUGAUAUAUUAUACGAUCUUUGCGUGGGGAUGUCCCUUUAUGCUUGCUAUUUUAUGUGUCAACAUGGAUAUUCUUUCUGCGUAUGUAAAUGUACCACCGAUUUUGCGACCGAAAUUUUAUUUGAAUUGCUGGUUUACUGAGAUUGGUUCGUAUUUGUUGUAUUUUCAUGGCCUCAGUAGUAUGUGCGUAAUUAGUAGCAUUUGUUUAUCUAUUUAUACGGCAUUAAAAAUUCAGCGUUUUAAAAAGGAAUCGAGUCCUUGUCUGAAAGAUUCGAAAUAUAAAUGCUUUAACGAUAAUAAAAAAUGGUUUAAUCUAUAUCUGCAGCUAUUCAUCGUGCUAUUUAUCUUAAUGGGCAUAGAAUGGCUAAUGAUAACAGCGUUAUUAGCUGACAUUGUAUCAAUUUACUACAUUUCAUGGUAUGAUACUAAUUUCGUGGCUAUUAUGCAGAGUCUAUGCGUCUUUAUCAUAUUUGUGUGUAAAAAAAGGAUCAAGCGUAUAUUAUUCAAGCGAUUCGGCUUCGGUUUGUCGCCAAAUGCUUGACACGGAUGGAAUGCAACAUUUUCGAGCAUUAUUACCACGUCAAAAGAAAUAGUCAUACAGGAGAAGAUGAAUUUUUCCGGACGAGCAAGUCACACUGAUUUAACCGAUGUAAUUUAACUGAUUUAACCGAUUUAAUUUUUAUUUGAAAAUAGAAAUCAUGUUUUUUUAUGUUGUUCUUUAUAGUUAAGAUCAAUAAUUAUAAUUCACACAUAUUUUUGAAUUUUGUAGCAAAAGCAUAUUAUUUUGUCUCGUUUCUUUUUCAAAUUUAAAUGAGAUUAUGUUACAUUCCUUUGCAUAAUUAUUUAUAAUAUUGUUAAUU